AUGCUCAUCGUGAUAUUGAAGGAAUACGUUAUAAAGACACUUUUAUUGACAUAUCCCAAUACUAGACCAAAUUUUAUGUCAGAAGAUAACUGCGAAGAGCUAUUAGAAAAUAUAGUUGGUGUUGUAAGAGCAUCUACUGCCUUAGCUGCGCAAGAUGUAGAUUUCUAUAAAAGUUUAGACAAGAAAGUGUCCGACUCUCUUAAUAAGACUGCUAACGACACUCUUGAUAUAGCUAAUUCAUUACUAUUAUCAAUCGAUGAAAAUUGCUCUCCAUUAGAAGAAGGAAAAGACAGAAUUCCAGAUUUCUGGAAUGGCUUCAGUAAUAUAAUGGAUAAUCUUAUUGAAAAAUCUGAUCAUUUUAUCGAUGCCCUUUCUAAACCAAAUAACUUUAACGGAAAAUAUAAUGAAACUACCUUCCUAGAUAAUAACUCCAGAACAAAUUCUAACCCAUCUAAACGUAUUGAAAAGCCUCAGUUAUUAUUUUCUAAACCAGUAGAUAAUACAGACUCAAGGCCUUUCAAACCGCUAUUAGUUGAAAAGCCUAAUGCUUUAAAGCCUCUUAAAGACUCUUUAGUAUUAGUUCCAGAAUCAGGUAUAGUACCAACGCAUUAUUUACAGCCUUAUGAGUAUGAAAUAGAUAAUCAAGAGUAUAAUGAGGAAGUCGUAGAAAUUAGAGAUCCAACUCCUUAUAAGCCAUGGGAAACAACAAGUGCUAUUUGGAUAGAUACCAAAGAAUCCCUAGCUGACUUAUUAAUGGAUUUGCGUAAGCAGUCAGAAAUUGCAGUCGAUUUGGAACACCAUGAUUUAAGAUCCUAUUACGGUAUUACUUGUCUAAUGCAAAUCAGUACUAGAGAACAGGAUUAUAUAGUGGAUACAAUAUCUUUGAGAGAUGAUUUAAUUGUAUUAAAUGAAAUAUUUACUAAUCCUAAUAUCACUAAAGUAUUUCAUGGUGCAUCAAUGGAUAUUAUCUGGCUGCAAAGGGAUUUAGGUCUUUAUAUUGUUAGUCUCUUUGACACAUUCCACGCAUCUAAAGCCUUGGGCCUAGCUAGACAUAGUUUAGCUUACCUAUUGGAAAAUUAUGCAUCGUUUAAAACUUCGAAGAAGUACCAACUGGCGGACUGGAGACGUAGACCUUUAACUAAUAAUAUGUUGGCCUAUGCAAGAUCAGAUACUCAUUUUUUGUUAAAUAUUUUUGAUCAAUUAAGAAACACAUUAAUUAAGCAAAAUAAACUAGCAGGUGUAUUGCAUGAAUCUAGAAACGUAGCUAAGAGGAGAUUCGAAUAUUUAAAAUUCAGACCAACUGUACCGCUGCCAAACUUGUAUACAUUAAUUGAAAAGGAAGCUCCAUGGAAAUCGCUUUUAAUCCAGUAUAACAUUCAAGAUGAAAAGGAGAUUCUGGUUCAAAAAUUAUGGGAAUGGAGAGAUAUGAUUGCACGUAGAGAUGAUGAGUCACCAAGGUACAUCAUGCCAACUCAGGUUCUUAUUAGUUUGAUUUCGUACACCCCUACCGAUUCAAGUGGGGUUAUAUCUGUUAGUAACAUGGUUACUGAACAUGUGAGGUCUAAUUCUACUACUUUGGCUAAUUUGAUAAAAAAAGCAUUGGAGUCAACUAAAUCUAUACCGAAUUCUAGCGAUUCUUCUUCGACAUUUAAUAUGAGCAGAACAGAUACUAAUGUAGCAUCAUUAAUAUCAAUUACUGAAAUAAAUAAUAUUUGUUUGAAGUUCAAUAGUUUGUCAAAACACUACAAUACUUCGAAGUUCCUAACUUCUGGAAUUGAAGUUUCUUCCUUAUUAUUCAGUAAUAUUAUGACCAGCUCACCGAAAAUAUCAGACUAUUCCAAAGAUAAGACUACUUCUUUUAAAUCUGAAGAUAUGAUAGCAAGGCAUAUUCGGCUAUCUGAAGGUCUGAAGGGUCUUUCUGCAAAUAAUAGCUUUAUUUACCAACCGCCAGUCGAGGAUAUUAAAAGUAUUGAAAUUACUACAGAGAACCCUAUCCCUACUCUAGAACCAAAAUCUACGCAAAAAAAGACCACCAAAGAGAUAAACGAAGACAAUGAAGAAAUCAUCGUUUUAAAGAAGGUCAAUAGAAAAUACCAGAAGGGGAAAAAAGACGCAGAUAAAGAUUCCACAGUUGUUGUUGAUUACUCUAAGGCCAAAAAGAUAUUCCAAAAGAAGGAUGAAACUAUUAAUGGAAAUUCCAAGAAAAGAAAGUCAUUUGAUCCUUACAAUAACGAUGGAGAUACUGACAAGGUUCCAAGAGCUCUGAAGAAGCGCCAAACUAAUACUAGAGGUAAAAAUAUAUCAUAUAAAAGGUAA